AUGGCGCUCAAGUGUGUCACAGAAAGCUUUGCCAACGCGAUCCAUGGCUUGAAAGUGGGACACCUGACAGAUCGCGUGAUUCAGAGGAGCAAGAGGAUGAUUCUAGACACUCUGGGUGUUGGCAUCCUGGGAACCAGCACAGAAGUGUUUCACAAAGCCAGCCAAUAUAGUAAAAUCUACAGUUCCAUUAUAUCCAGCACUGUCUGGGGCCAGCCAGACAUCAGGCUCCCACCCGCGUAUGCUGCUUUUGUGAACGGUGUGGCUGUUCACUCAAUGGAUUUUGAUGACACAUGGCACCCUGCCACUCACCCUUCUGGGGCUGUCCUUCCUGUCCUCACAUCUUUAUCAGAAGCACUACCAAGAAGUUUGAAGUUUUCUGGUCUUGACCUACUGCUGGCUUUCAAUAUUGGUAUUGAAGUGCAAGGUCGCUUAAUGCAUUUCUCUGAGGAAGCCAAUGACAUACCAAAGAGAUUCCAUCCCCCAUCGGUGGUAGGAACUUUGGGUAGUGCUGCCGCGGCGUCCAAGUUUUUAGGACUUAGCCUAACCAAGUGCCGAGAGGCCCUGGCCAUUGCUGUCUCCCAUGCCGGGGCGCCCCUGGCCAACGCUGCCACUCAGACCAAGCCCCUUCAUAUUGGCAAUGCCGCCAAGCAUGGGCUGGAAGCUGCUUUUCUGGCAAUGCUGGGUCUUCAAGGAAACAAGAGGGUCUUGGACUUGGAGGCGGGAUUUGGGGUCUUCUAUGCCAAUUAUUCCCCCAAAGUCCUUCCAGACCUGGAUUCCUACAGUUGGCUGCUGGACCAGCAGGACGUGGCCUUUAAGCGUUUUCCCGCGCACUUGGCCACUCACUGGGUGGCAGACGCAGCUGCAUCUGUGAGGAAGCGCCUCGUCACAGAGAGUGCUCUGCUUCCCAUGGACCACAUCCAGAGAAUUGUGCUCAGGAUUCCAGAUGUCCCGUAUGUAAAUAGGCCCUCUCCAGACUCAGAGCAUGAAGCCCGUCAUUCCUUCCAGUAUGUGGCCUGUGCCAUGCUGCUGGAUGGUGGCAUCACUGUCCCGUCAUUCCACAAAUGCCAGAUCGACAGGCCGCAGGUCAGGGAGCUGCUCUGCAAGGUGGAACUGGAGCACCCUCCGGACAACAUGCCAAGCUUCAACACACUGUACUGUGAAAUAAGUGUCACCCUCAAGGAUGGAGCCACCAUCACCGACCGCUCUGAUACCUUUUAUGGUCACUGGAGGAAACCACUGAGCUGGGAGGACCUGGAGAAAAAGUUCAGAGCCAAUACUUCCGGGACACUGUCUUGUGACACAGCGGAAAGUCUCAUAAAGAUGGUAGAAAAACUGGAAGACCUAGAAGACUGUUCUGUGUUAGCCACACUUCUCAAAGGACCCUCUCCAUCAAAGGCAGUUUCAAAACUAUUCAGUAUGUAA